GAGGUCUAGGGUUUGUUGUGCGCAGUGGAGGUGGGUCGUCCCCCUCUUUUCUUUGGUUCUUUUUCUCUCCAAGGUUCGGCUCUCUUUUUUUUUCUUUUUCUUUUUUUUCGUUUUUAGGGUUUGGAUCUUUGUUUCUGGGACUCCAUGGCGUCUUCUGAUGUCGAAUACCGCUGCUUCGUAGGUGGUCUCGCGUGGACCACCGACGACAGGACUCUUGGGAAGGCCUUCAGUUCUUAUGGCGAUGUUAUCGAAUCCAAGAUAAUUAAUGACCGUGAGACUGGCCGCUCCCGAGGCUUUGGUUUUGUCACUUUCAGCAAUGAGCAAUCCAUGCGUGAUGCAAUCGAGGGAAUGAAUGGCUUCACUCUCGAUGGUCGCAGCAUUACUGUGAAUGAGGCUCAGUCGAGGGGUAGCGGUGGAGGUGGCGGUGGCGGUGGAUUUCGAAGUGGUGGUGGUGGUGGCUAUGGGCGCAGAAGCGAUGGUGGUGGCUAUGGAAAUCGUGAUGGUGGCUAUGGAAAUCGUGAUGGUGGUGGUGGCGGUGGCGGUUAUAGCCGAGGUGGUGGUUCCCGCUAUUCUUCAAGGAGUGGAGGUGUUUCUGAAGGUAGCUGGAGGAACUAGAUUUAAGUGUUUAGGUAGCUGAAGGUAGGGUUUCCUUAUGCCAGAUGUUAUAGACUCUGGUUUGCAUUGUUAGGGUUUGAUCUGCUUUUUGUGGAAAGGAAGAUGAUAUCAUGGUGGUGUUGGUGCUUGGUGGUGGUGGUGGUGGUGAUGGUGAUGUGGGUGGUGAUAGUUUGUGGUGUGUGUUUCUUUUUGAUCUGGUUAUUGAGCAAGACUUCUUAUAUAUGCAAUGUUACCACUAUGUGAACCUCCAUUUUGUAAAUGGUGACACUAACUAGCUUGAGUGUGUGCAUGUGGUUGUCUUAAUGUAGUUUUGAUUUUUUUUUAAUGUAGUGCAUAAGCGGAAAGACUGUAGUAGAAUCAAAAUAACAGAAACUAAGCGGUGGGAUCACUGUUUUUUGGCAAAAUAUUAACAAAAUCAAAUUGUCUUAA